AGAGUGUGUGUGAGGGCGUGUGUAGGGUGUGUGUGUGUGUGUAUGAGAGAGAGAGACAGUGUGUGUGAGGGCGUGUGUAGGGUGUGUGCAUGUAUGACAGAGAGAGAGAGUGUGUGUGAGAGUUUGCUGAAUGACGCCAGUGCUGUCGCUUUUACACAUAUGGAAACACUGUCCAUCCAUGAGAUUUUACAGAACUCUGUGUGGACACAAAAAGGAACGGAGUGUUGUUGGCCUGGCACGUGAAGGGGAGGAUGGAGAGGAAAGAGAGAGCUGCUCUGGUCCAGAGAGAGAAUGUGUGUGAGCGGAUCACAGAUACUGGUUCAACGCUGGUGUGUAAAACUGCCCCGGGGUCCAGCCCUGGGAGUAAGCCGGGCCGUCGGGAGUCGGGAGAGGAGGCAGCGGCGGCCGGUGAGGCCUCGGUGGCCCCUGGUGGGGGAGGCGGUGAUCCGACGACGACGGCGGUGCGGAGGAGCUCCAGCCGAACCCUCCAGCUACCCCCCCUGGCCUUCAGGCAGGCCGAGCAGACUGACUGGGGGCGAGUCGCAGCGGAGCCCGCUGCCGCCCGACCCACCAGCCUCGCCAUCCAGCCACCCCCACUGAUCAACAUCACCUCCGCUGACCCAUUCAGUUUUGACGUGGAUAAUGGCCCUGCCUCGGGCAGGAGUCCCCUGGACGCCAUGUUCAGUCCAGGCUCUGGGCUGGUGCUGCAGGCCAACUUCGCUCACGGAGGCCAGCGGCGCGAGUCCUUCCUCUACCGAUCGGACAGCGACUACGACCUCUCGCCAAAGUCCUUAUCCCGAAACUCCUCCAUCGCCAGCGACAUGCUGCAGCCGCAGCGUCCAGGGCUGGUCUCUCGGAGGUCUGAACCGGUCAUAAGUGGGACUCAUGGGGAUGACCUAAUUGUGACACCAUUUGCACAGGUAUUGGCUAGCUUGAGGACCGUGCGGAAUAAUGUUGCAGUGCUGACCAACAUCCAACAAGACAGGUCUUCAAACAAGCGUACACCUAUGUGCACUUCAACGAUACCCCCCAAGACCUCUUUGACAGAUGAGGGGUACCAGAAGAUGGCCUCUGAGACGCUGGACGAGCUGGACUGGUGUCUGGACCAGCUGGACACACUCCAGACACGCAACUCUGUCAGCGAGAUGGCCUCCAACAAGUUCAAGAGGCUGCUGAACCGGGAGUUGAGUCACCUGUCGGAGACCAGCCGCUCUGGUAACCAGGUCUCGGAGUUCAUAUCCAACACAUUCCUCGACAAGCAGCAUGACGUGGAGGUGCCAAGGAGUGCCAAGGACAAGGACGAGAAGCCCAUGUGCCUGAUCAGCGGAGUCAAGAAGCUGACUUACAGCUCCAGCCUGGCCAACACAAACAUCCCCCGCUUCGGGGUCAACACACACUCCGAGGACGCCUUAGCUAAGGAGCUGGAGGACAUCAACAAGUGGGGCCUUAAUGUUUUUAAAGUUGCAGAGUUUUCGGAAAACCGGCCAUUAACCGUCGUUAUGUACACCAUCUUCCAGGAAAGAGAUCUACUGAAGACCUUUAAAAUUCCGCUAGACACCUUCAUCACGUACCUGAUGACAUUAGAAGACCAUUACCAUAGAGACGCUUCGUACCAUAACAACAUCCACGCUGCAGAUGUCACCCAGUCCACUCACGUGCUGUUGUCCACGCCUGCUUUAGAGGCUGUUUUCACCGACCUUGAAAUCCUCGCUGCUAUUUUUGCCUCUGCAAUUCAUGAUGUGGACCAUCCUGGUGUUUCCAACCAGUUCCUCAUCAACACCAACUCUGAGCUGGCUCUCAUGUAUAACGACGUGUCGGUGUUGGAGAACCACCACCUGGCCGUGGGCUUCAAGCUGCUGCAGGAGGAGAACUGCGACAUCUUCCAGAACCUGAGCAGGAAGCAGCACAGCUCACUCAGGAAGCUGGUCAUCGACAUGGUGCUGGCCACUGACAUGUCCAAGCACAUGAACUUGCUGGCUGACCUUAAGACCAUGGUGGAAACCAAGAAGGUCACAAGUUCAGGAGUGCUGCUGUUAGACAACUACAAUGACAGGAUACAGGUUCUGCAGAACAUGGUCCACUGUGCUGACCUGAGCAACCCCACCAAGCCCCUGGCUCUGUACCGCCAAUGGACCGAGCGAAUCAUGCAGGAGUUCUUCUGCCAGGGUGACCGCGAGAGAGAAUGCAGCAUGGAGAUCAGUCCAAUGUGUGACAAACUCACCGCCUCUGUGGAGAAGAGCCAGGUGGGGUUCAUCGACUACAUCGUGCAUCCGCUGUGGGAGACGUGGGCGGACCUGGUGCUGCCGGACGCGCAGGAGCUGCUGGACACUCUGCAGGAGAACCGGGACUGGUACCAGAGCGCCAUCCCGCAGAGCCCGUCGCCCAGCAACGCGCACGCGCGGCCCGGCGACCGCUUCCACUUCGAGCUGACGCUGGAGGAGGACGGCGAGACGGACACGGAGAAGGACAGCGGCAGCGUGGAGGAGGAGGAAGAGGAAGAGGAAGAGGAGAAGAAAAAGAGUAGUGGGGACAGUCAGACACUUUGCACACAGGAUCCCCAGUCCUCCCAGAAAGGGGAGGAGCGGACAGCACAAGAGGAACUGGGGCCUAGUGACACAUAGCCUUGUGUGUGUGUGUGUGUGUGUGUGUGUGUGUGUGUGUGUGUGUGUGUGUGUGUGUGUGUGUGUGUGUGUGUGUAUGCCUGAGUCCUGUUGGGAAGAGCACUAAUUCUAAAUACUGAAGCUCCAAAGCACACAUGGGGCUCUCCUGAGGACUGACCACUGAUCCCUCACCCAGCUGGGUUUGCUUUUUCCACAUAGUAGAGUAUCUCCGCUCUCAGGAUAGUAGAGUGUCUGUGAAAUGUCUCUGCUGGUUGGAGGGUAGAGAGUCUCUGCUGGUUGGAGAGUAGAGAGUCUCUGCUGGUUGGAGAGUAGAGUCUGGUAUUUGGAGAGUAGAGAGUCUCUGCUAGUUGGAGGGUGGAGUCUCUGGUGUUUGGAGAGUAGAGAGUCUCUGGCGUUUGGAGAGUAGAGUCUCUGCUGUUUGGAGAGUGGAGUGUCUCUGGCGUUUGGAGAGUAGAAAGUCUCUGGCGUUUGGAGAGUAGAAAGUCUCUGGCGUUUGGAGAGUAGAAAAUCUCUGGUGGUUGGAGAGUAGAGUCUCUGGUGGUUGGAGAGUAGAGAAUCUCUGGUGUUUGGAGAGUAGAGUGUCUGCUGGUUGGAGGGGGGAGUGUCUGCUCUCAGGAAUCUCUGGCCCUGGUUCUGCUUCACAUUGUUUACCUGCUUCUGUCCUUCUGUCUACACUCAAUCUAGGGGUCUGCAUUAGUUUAGUGUGUGAUAGAAAGAACCUGUGUGUGUGUUUGUCUGUGUGGGUGUGUGUGUGUUCAGACACCUUCCAGGGUGAAGUCUUCCUUAAACGAGAUUUAUACAUGCAGCUGCAAAGCUGUUGUUGCCUCGUGCAUUAUUUUGUAGAUCACAUUUAACAUUUGACUAAAUGGACAUUCUUCUUCUUUUCAUGGUGAGAAAAGUCCGCUUGAUUUUGUGGAUUGUGUGCAAAUUACAGGAUGCCCCUUGCAGGGUGUGGUGGACAUAUUUGAACAAAAUCUCUUUUUAUUUGUUUGUUUGUUUGUUUGUUUGUCAGCUCAGAGCAAACAGCCCAGAACUGCCCGUUGUUACCUCAAUGUCACCUCGCAGUUAUGUUUGUAAUGCUACGCUACAUGUCUUUAUACAGUAAUACAUUGAUGAUGUUCAUAUGUUUCUUAGUCUCUAAUGUGCCUGUUGAACAGGAGUCGUACCGUUCUUAUGCUUGAACAGAUAAACAUGCCCUUAAUACAGAAAUCCAUUACCCUACACCCUCAACACUCAACCGUGCCCAACACCCAACAACUCCCUACUCCCCAACACCCUUACCAUGCCCAACACCCAACAACUCCCUACUCCCCAACAUCCUCACCAUCCAACAACUAUCACCAAGUCCCUAAUCCCCAACAUCCUCACCAUCCAACAACUAUCACCAAGUCCCUUCUCCCAACAUCCUCACCAUCCAACAACUAUCACUAACUCCCUAUUCCCCAACAUCGUGACCAUCCAACAACUACAACUAAUUAAUAACAUCAUGAACAACCCCAACACUCAAUAGCACACCACUCCACAAACACCUUUAAAACCCAACGUCCACCAAUUCUUUCCUAACUGAGCAACACCUUUAUUGCCCAAACACUCCUCCAUCCCUCGUCUCCCAGUUGCAGAGCUCACCAACAUUGUUGUGUGGCAAUAAAGCACAUAUAUCUCUCUAUCUAUCCAUUUGUUGUAGGUUAGUGCAGCCACUUACUGUCCAUGCCAUAUGUCUCAUCUCAGCAUGUCUAGGAGGUGGGCAUUUGGGGAGGUCACACCUCAUUUGCUAGAGAGACCAGACCAGACCCAGGUCUUACUAUCCUCAUUUACUAGAGAGACCAAACCCAGGUCUUACUAUCCUCAUUUACUAGAGAGACCAGACCAGACCCAGGUCUUACUAUCCUCAUUUACUAGAGAGACCAAACCCAGGUCUUACUAUCCUCAUUUACUAGAGAGACCAAACCCAGGUCUUACUAUCCUCAUUUUCUAGAGAGACCAGACCCAGGUCUUACUAUCCUCGUUACUCUGCUUUGCAGGUUCAUCUAGUCAUUAGUUCUACUGACCCUUGGGCCAUUUGACAUUAUCAAGACACCUCUUGUCUGUUCACUGUGGUAAAAAAUGUAAGGCUCUGAGAUGCACAGUUUUCAGAAAUUGGUGUGACUUGCAUUUUAAGAUGAAAUUAUGCCAUAGUGCCAAGGUCCACCUUAAAGCAGCACCAACAAGUUUUUUGUACCUUAAAUUAUGUUUCCAAAAUUGUUUCAGUGGUUCAUCAACUCGUAACAGGGUGAAUGGCACUUCUGCAUUUGCUUCGUCGCCCUCUAUCGGCUCUAACCGCACUAUAUAAGUUUGCCAGAUCGGGUAGCGGAUCUGUAGUUCGAUGGAAUGAGACAUAAGAAACCACAAAUUUGACUUGCAUGAUGUCGCAAUACAUCAUACUUUCAUAAGAUCAUGCAACAUAUUCUACCUUGUCCGUGGACAGUGUUAUUUGCAGAGCCGGUGCUGGAUAAACAAAUAGCAUGCGUGCGACAGAGGAAAAGUUCUUUGGUGUUUCUUUGAGCUUUAGUUUACUAAUGACUUGUACCAAAGGUGAGUUGCAGUCAGUAGAGACUUCUGAAAAUCGUGUGCAUUGCUAAAUUAGUGUUGAACUGCUAUUUUUUUUCUGCUCUACCCAUAAAAGCCCAUAUGUUUGAUACAAUUGAUGUUACCACUUGCCUUGAUCACAUACCCACAUCAAAACUUUAGUGCUAACUUAAUCUGGGUACCCAGAAGCUCGCGUCAUGCUGAACGAACAGUGCUAACUAGGUCAGGGUUUGGCUAAUUAGACCGUUUCAUUGUUACCAAACUCAGACUACCUUAUCCAGAUGAGCUUAGGUGCAGUUCCUCAGUCUGCUUCCUUAGUCAGUUUCAAAACAAAGCUUUCUAGUGUACACAUUUUCUUGCAAAUAAUACUCUUAUUGGCACUAAAUGGCCAAUGGGAAAACCUCUUUGGAUUAAGGAGGGAUUUGUGUUAUCGUUGUCAGGGGUAGAUCCCGUGGGAUUGAUUAGGCUGCCUUUUCAUUGGGGUCAGGGGUCAAAUAGUAUAGGAAGUGUUUUUAUUGGGGUCGUGUGCUGAUCAUUUGGGAUUAUGUAGGAAGCUAAUCUUCCUGAUAUACUGAUAGGGAGUCGAUAAUCUGUGAGUUAUGGUUAGGGCUACAUUCUUUGUGGUACUGUUAUGUCGAGGUUAUUCAGAGAUUUCACACCACCCUCCGGGGCAGACCAGCCCUGCUUUGUUUGUUUGAACACACUAGCUAUUUAGCUCAUUCUAGCUAAAUCAUCAUUCCCAAUUUCCUACCCAAAACAGUUUAUAAUCAGGUUGUUUUGCCCAUGUCAUUCAUCAUUCCCUUACAUGAUCAUGUUCACUUCUAGCAAACUCUUACCUCACACUCUUUCUUCUGUUGUCUAUUCGCCUAGCCCACCAGUACUCUGUCUAUUCGCCUAGCCCACCAGUACUAAUAGCUUCUGUCUAUUAGCCUAGCCCACCAGUACUAAUAGCUUCUGUCUAUUAGCCUAGCCCACCAGUACUAAUAGCUUCUGUCUAUUCGCCUAGCCCACCAGUACUAAUAGCUUCUUUCUAUUAGCCUAGCCCACCAGUACUAAUAGCUUCUCUCUAUUAGCCUAGCCCACCAGUACUAAGCUUCUUUCUGUUUGCCUAGCCCACCAGUACUGAUAGCUGAUGCUUGAAGCAAUGCUCUGAUGUUUUACCAGAGCGUCAAUCAGUUUAGAUAAACACACCUAUUGUAACAAACGUUUGCUUUAAUGGUGUAACUUUUAAAAGAGAGUGAGUUUUUCCUGAUAAGAGUGUGGAGUUUGUGCUGCUGUGUGAAAUGAAACCAAAAGCCAGGCCAGGCCUCUAUGCCUAAACCCUUACAAAAAACAACUGCAGUUAUGGGACAAAAAACUGGGGUAGGUGUGUACUGCUGUUUUUCUGUGCAGAAUAUUACAGAUUUGUGCAGGAAAUUGCAGUUCUGUGUAGUGCAAUGUAGCUUUUGCAUGUGCAAAACGUAGCAUUUCCUGCAUAUGAACUGCAAAUAAUUCCUCAGUAAACGGCAGUAUUGACACUUGAAGAAGUUUAGUUAUUUUUUAUAAGAGAAGCUCACCCCUCUACUAAUAAGCAGCAACCUAAGGCGUUCCUAAUCAGAAUGGCUUCCACUCAUCUGAGCUUGUAGUAUCUCAACAACACACCUCCACACUAAGCAAACUAAAGUAGGCCCAUAGAGGCAGGCAGUUUCCCCUUACGUGGCUGGCUGUAUGCAGAGCUGAUUUUGUUAUUAGUUUAUGGUUAUUAGUUAAAGGCUCAGUCCACAAUUCUAAUCCCAGUACACUUCUAGUCAAAUUGCUCCCCUUGGUCCUCUAACUGCCCAUGUUUGUGUUUGCAUUCAAAACAACUCUGUUAGAGAUUUUGUACCCAACCUUGGCUCUGUGGGAAACAGAACAGUUCAAACCAACCCAUACAUGCACUGUUGCAGCCAAUUGACAACAGUGCUUCAAGAACACCGAAGGGCUGGGAUUGAAGACUAUACCUUUAACCCCAAGUCUUUGCUAUCUAUCACUGACAUGAAUUCCUUUUCGUGCCAGUUCUGUCCUCACCGCUAGACCUUAUUCUUGUCUGUUUACUGCACUGUGUCCUCAGAUUUUGUCCCGUCAUGUUUCGUUUUUAAAGGUGCACGAUGUAGAAUUUAUUGUCAGCUGUAGGGACUGCAGAUUGCAACCAACUAAAUACCUCUCCCUUUCAAAGUGUGUAGGGGAAGCUACAGUGGCCACCAUGGGUCUAAGAAAAUGCAAAGGCCCUCUCUAGAGCUAGUGUCUUGGUUUGUCCCUUCUGGGCUGCUGUAGAAACAUGUAGGAAGGACCCUCUCCUUAUGGAAAUACUAAGGGCUCAUUCUUAGAUAACAACACAUAGUCCUUCAUCAUUACAGGUGAUAUAGGUGACUAAAGAAAACAAGAUUGCGAAUACUAUACUGUAUUUCUGCUAAUAGAUCACCCUAAAUUCUACACAUUGCACCUUUAAAGAAUGACUGUUAGUUCCAUUAUCCCUACUACUUGUGAUCCUGUGUAUAGCAACUUAAGUUAAGAGGAUAGACCUUUUUUUAUUAUUUUUACACUAUCCCUGUGCUAAUGCUAUAUGCUAACUAGUUUUUCUAAAAUGAAUAAAGGAAAAGUGACGUUAGACCUUUAGAGAGAUGAGGCUGGACAAACUAAAGUCACAUUGAAUGAGAAGGAGAAUGCCGCUGGCGUUAGGCCCCAGGGCUGUGCCUUAACUUACAUUUACUUGCAUUUGUUGUUGCUGGCUGGCAGUUUUCAUCUAUCUACACCUACUGUAUGUAGCCUGAAUUCUAAGGCAGAACAAGUACCAUAUUUUUAACAUGACUCUCAUGGCAUGGCUGCAGUUGUAAUUCCUAUGGAGCAAUACCAAACAAAGGUUUUUGAUAAGGAGAUUGGGGUUGUGGUGUGAACACAAGCUGUUAGGUUGCCAUCUGCAGGCUGAAAUAUGUCACUGCAUUCUCAGUUGAGUGUGUGGAGUUUCACCCAAGUUUAUUAUAAUGAUGGACAGGUCUUCUGGAUCAUCAUCAGGUGUUGAAGUGCAUGCCUGUGCGCACACACACACACACACACACACACACACACACACACACACACACACACACACUUACACUCCUACACAUAACUGCAGCCUGCUCCUUGAUUCACCACUAGAUGGCAAUAGAGGGCUUCUUUUCAAGACACGCAAACUGUAGCAUUUAGCAGCCCUGGACCAAAGCCAUUUGUGGCUAUUAUAAUUAUGUUGGUUAUUGUUAUUGUUAUGCCAAUAUGGUAUGUAUUAAAUGCAACAAAGGACUUUCAAUGUGCGGUCUUGGACUGCAUUGUAGGACUUUAUCUGCACAUGCAAUUUAGAGAAUGAAAACAAGAAAGGAACAUUUUAUAUUGAACAAACUAAAUAAACGCAUGGGUUUGA